AUUUAUAUUACAAAAUCCGCGUGGCCAAAUUUAUUGCACACACUGGCUCUAAUUAUAAAUCAAAGAGCCCAAGAAAACGGACAUUUACCAUAAUUUUAUCAUCAUGUCAACGGAUAGUAAAUCUGAUCGAAGUUGUCAAACUUUGGCAAUAUCAGAUCAAAAUCAAACGGGGCCCAGUGAUAGAAUUUGGUAUCUUGCCCGAAAUGAACAGCAGCAGCUCUCCUCUUUAAACCGCAGAGGAGAGGCUUGCUUUACUCCUUUCUUCAUAUUUUCUCAAUCAAAGGGGAAGAGAACAACCUGUUUCCGUGCGGUGCCCGAGCAUGCCCCCUUCCACCAGAGCACACCUUCAUAGCCACCUCCCUGACAGCAUCCAUCCUUCUCUCUCACUUGGCGGCAGUUCCUCCUCCCCCUUCCCUCUACCAGGAUGGCGCUGAGCGGGGAUCCAUUCAGAUCUGCUGUGUUAACAAGUGUUUCUAAUGCUGCAAGUGCACCUGAAGAAAAUAGACCUGCUGGUGACAGCGACACCGCUUCAGAAAAUGCCCAGGAACCAUUGAGUUCUUUUCCAGAACAAGAGUCAAAUGAUGCUAGUGUUAACACAGAAAAGAAAGAACCUGGCAUUUCUAAAUGCAAAUCAGUGGAAGAAAUACCAAGAACAGUGACUGUAAAGAGGUGCAAGAACAUUGAUUCAAAGAAAGAUUCCUCAAAUAACUUUAAUAAUUCAAGCUUUACUGGUAGUCAGGCUCUGAAAAAGAAGCCAAGAAAGGGGGAGCAUCCUGUUCAGCUAUGUGAAAAUGGAAUGUCUCAAGAUACAAAACCUCCUAGCACAAGGAUAUGCAUAAAUUCCGCGUGCAAAGCUGUCUUGAACUCAGAUGAUAGAUUUUGUAAGAGGUGUUCAUGUUGUAUUUGUCAUAAAUUUGAUGACAACAAAGAUCCUAGCCUUUGGCUGGUCUGCACAUCGGAGACUGGUGAUAGGGAUUGCUGUGAGUCAUCCUGCCAUAUUGAGUGCGCACUCGAGCACCGAAAGGCAGGAUGCAUAGAACUUGGACAAUCUAUACAGCUUGAUUGUAACUACUGUUGCGCUGCAUGUGGAAAGGUUAUUGGAAUACUUGGGUGCUGGAAGAGGCAGCUGUUGGUUGCCAAAGAAGCCCGUCGGGUUGAUAUUCUCUGUUCCCGCAUAUAUCUGAGUCAUAGACUUUUGGAUGGCACAACUCGUUUUAAAGAGUUGCAUCAGAUCGUAGAGGAUGCAAAAGCAAAGCUGGAAACUGAAGUUGGCGCCCUUGAUGGUAUGUCAUCCAAGCUGGCCCGUGGCAUUGUAGGCCGACUUCCUGUUGCUGCUGAUGUGCAGAGACUCUGCUCUUUAGCAAUUGAAAAGGCAGAUGAGUGGCUGAGGUCAAACAUUCAAUCUGAUACAAAACAAAUUGAUACUCUUCCUGCUGCCUGCAGGUUUAUAUUUGAAGAUGUUACAGCUUCAUCGUUGGUGUUAGUUCUUAAGGAAGCUGUUUCCUCACAAUAUCAUGGUAUCAAAGGCUAUAAACUUUGGUACUGGAAUAGCAGGGAACCGCCUUACACAGGGGAGCCUGCUGUUUUCCCCAAAGACCAAAGAAGGAUACUGAUAUCCAAUCUGCAGCCCUGCCAAGAGUAUGCCUUCCGGAUUAUUUCGUUUACCGAGGAGGGUGAACUGGGCCAUUCUGAGUCUAAGUGCUUUACCAGGAGUGUGGAGAUCAUUCACAAGAACAUAGAGCACGGAGCCGAAGGUUGCUCAUCGACAGCCAAGAGAGAUGGCAAGAGGCAUAAUGAUAUGUCAUCAGGCUUCAAGGUGCGCGAUCUGGGUAAUGUUUUCCGGAAAGGAUGCGCUGAGGAGAAUGGUUACCCCAGUGCGUUCUGUAAAGAUGAGAUUGAAGAUUCAUGCGGUCAGAGUGAUUCUGUGAUACCGGAUAAGGAUCAAGUUGCAGGUGGUGUUUCACGUAAGCUCAAUCUUAAUGAGACCUCAGUUCCGGACCUAAAUGCAGAGGUAGUCAUGCCAACAGUGUGCUUCCAGAACAAGAACGGAUGUAGUUCAGGAAAGAGUGCAUUGAAAAAGUCGAACGUUUGUGGUGAUUCCGAGACUUGUGCUGAGGGGCAUGUAGGGGAGGCACCGGCCAUGGAAUCCCGAUCACACAGUCGCAAGCAGACAUCAGACUUGGAGCAAGAAACCUGUGCUGAUGACAGCAAUUUGGUGGUCAUCUCAGCUAGGCCCUUCUCCCGUAGGUUAGGCCAGUUAGAUGAUAACUAUGAGUACUGUGUGAAGGUUAUACGAUGGUUGGAAUGUUCUGGCCACAUCGACAAGGAUUUUAGAAUGAAAUUUCUAACCUGGUUUAGCUUGAGAUCAACGGAGCAGGAGCGGAGGGUUGUGCUCACCUUUAUACGCACUCUCCUUGAUGAGCCCAGUAGUUUGGCUGGGCAGCUUCUGGAUUCGUUCGAAGAAAUUGUUGCCAGUAAGAGGCCAAGAAGUGGUUUCUGUACUAAACUGUGGCAUUAACUGGAUAAACAAAAACUGAAACUGUUAUCUAAUACUCCAAUAAUCUUACAAGGGGAGAAGUAGCUGGGAUUACAGUUUUCUACUUUAUUGUAAUGCUAUUUAUAUACCUUGUGAUAAAUAUGUAUGUAGUUACUUUGGUGUUGCAGUGCUUGGAUACUUUCCAUGAUAAUAUAUUGAUGGCUGCAACUGGCAAAAAAGAAAGUUAUUGUCAGGUUUA